AUGGACACCGCUCUGGAGCGACGCAAUCGUCUGGUGCGAGGUGCGAGAUCUAACGAUGCGGCAAUGCUCAAGUUCUUGAAGCGCGUCGACAAAGGCCACGCACAAGGCUGUGAAGCGUACGGACCGAGGUGCGCACCACGCAGCGGGCUCGAAUUAGCUUCAGAGGCUGUGCUCAAAGCGAUACCUCGGAAUUUGACAGAUGUUCUAGACGCGGCCCGCACAUGUAUCGAGGCUUCCAAAACACAGAUUGCUGCACUCAAAUUCGAGGCCGCGGAACAAAAACGCCUGGCCAAGGGUAACCUCACUCAGCAUAAGCAGGAAUUUGCGGCGCUCCAUUUGCAGAAGAAGGAGCAGGAGCGGGAGAUUGAGGAGGAUAAACUAGAAGAUGAGGCAGAAAUGGGGGAAAGCGAGGGUAUGGUCGAUGAAGCUGAGGGGGCGGUGAGGGCAUUCAAGCGAAUGAAGAUCGACCACGGAUCUGAGGAUGAGGAUGAGGAUGAUGGUGAGUGGGAGACGGUUUAG